AUGGUGGACAAUGAUGAAAAUCAAGAUGUUGAGAAUGAUGAUUGGAAAGGAGAGUCUAAUAAUUCAACGUUAAUAACAAAAGAUGAAAAUACUUUCAUCAAAACUCUUGAUCAAUAUAUAGAUGUAGGCAAAUUAAUUGCUGAUCUUGUAGAUGAAUUGAGAACAAGUUUUAAAUCUCCUUCAACAUUCAACAGCUAUAGAAACAAAUAUUUUUAUGAUCUUAGGAUUUAA